AUGGACCCUGUAAAUCCUAACCAGAAGGUUCGAUCUACACCACAGUAUGCGCUAUACCAACGGGAGAACUUCUGGAAAUCCAACGAGGGCAAAGUGCCAUUGUUCAAUACUGCCUCUUCCAAUGCUGGUCAGUCGCACACCCAUACCACAAACAGACAAGCAUUCUACCGACAUCGAAUCAUCCCACGUAUGCUAGUAGACACCAACCAGCGCGACACUGCGACGGAGAUCUUUGGACAUAAGGUUCCUGCGCCGAUUGAAUUUGCCCCUGUUGGCAUCAACAAAAUUUACAAUCCACAAGGCGAGCUCCCUGUGGCAAGAGCUGCCGGCGCGUUGGGACUACCAUACUGUCUCUCGACCGCGGGGUCACAAAGCAUAGAAGAUGUUGACCAAGCCAACGAUGAGGGUGUGAAAAAAGGUCGGGGAGAUAUUGGAAUCGCUGCUGGUGGUGGAGAGAAGGGUCUGGGGUGGCGACAUGACGAUGUCGCAAAUUCAAACUAUGCGUUCUACCAUGGAAUCGGUGCAGACCUGGGAUUGACUGACCCUGUCUUCCAAAAGAGGUUGAAGGAAAAAGGCAUUGAUCCGAAGACACAGCCCAACGAAGCUGGUGCGCUAUGGAUAGACAAUGUAUGGCACGGACGUGCGCACACCUGGGAAAAGGCUGAAUGGGCGAUGAAGCUGUGGAAAGAGCUCAGUGGCCACAAGCCAUUCUCUCUGAAGGGUAUCCAGAGCGUGGAAGAUGCAAAGAAGGCUGCUGAUCUGGGUUUUGACGGCAUCGUAGUCAGCAACCAUGCAGGAAGGUAA